CGCAAGCAUGCUCUCCCUCUCGCUGCAGUCCACCUCCUUCCACGGCGUUGCGUCGGUCCCGUCGCGCGUCCAGCCGACCAUGCUCUUCGGCGCCAAGGCGUCGGCGCCCAAGAAGGCCCCGGCCUUCGCGUACGGCCUGCCCGGCAACUUCAACGCGCUCGGCGGCUCCGAGCUGAACUGGGACCCGGCCGGCUUCCUCGAGGGCAAGUCCGAGCUCGAGGUCAACCGCUACCGCGAGGCCGAGCUCACGCACGGCCGCGUCGGCAUGCUCGCGUCGCUCGGCUUCCUCGUGCAGGAGAAGUUCCACCCGCUCUUCUCGGGCGACGGCGGCCCGGCUAUCGACCAGAUCCCCCAGCUGCCGGUCUGGCUCUGGGUGGUGAUGGGCGGCGGCAUCGCCGCCGCCGAGGCGGCGCGCAUCAACAUCGCCUUCCGUGAGCUCGACGGCGAGAAGCUCAAGGCGGAGACGGCGCUGCGGCCGGGCUACACCCCGGGCGACCUGGGCUUCGACCCGCUCGGCUUCUCCAAGGACCUGUCCGCCGACGAGUUCAAGCUCAUGCAGGAGAAGGAGCUCGCCCACGCCCGCCUCGCCAUGAUCGCCGCCGCUGGCUUCCUCGCGCAGGAGGCCGUCACCCACGCCACCUGGGGCACCGUCUACGGCCUGCCCGACUUCUAGACCGCCAGCCCACCCCGUGUUGCAACGCUGAGAUCUCGUGCUGAGGCUCUUAUUUUGGUGAUGAGGACUAUGUGAAAAGGGUUACGUGA